AGAUCAGUAUUUAAGGACAACCAGGGAAAUGUGGACAGAGACUCAAGAUUUUCACCGUUGUAUAGACAAGAAAGUAGCAAGAUUUCAACAGAGGACCUGCUAAAACUAGUGUCAGAUUACAGAAGGGCUGACAGAGUAAGCAAAACACAGACCAUCCCUGGAAGCCUGGAUAUUGCUGUUGACAACAUUCCUUUGGAGCAUCCAAACUGUGUAACAUCGUCCUUUAUCCCUGUCAAGCCUUUCGAUGUGACAGCUCAACCAGAACCCACAGUCGAGGUGGAAGAAUUUAUUUACGACUCAACAAAGUACUGCCGUCCUUAUAGAGUAUACAAAAAUCAAAUUUACAUUUACCCCAGGCACCUCAAGUAUGAUAGCCAGAAAUGUUUCAACAAGGCUCGAAAUAUAACCGUGUGCAUUGAAUUCAAAAAUUCUGAUGAAGAAGGUGCCAAGCCCAUGAAGUGUAUUUAUGGAAAACCUGGAGGGCCUCUCUUCACCUCAGCGGCCCACACAGCAGUUCUGCACCAUUCCCAGAAUCCGGAUUUCUCCGAUGAGGUAAAAAUUGAGCUCCCGACACAGCUCCAUGAGAAACACCAUAUUUUGUUUUCUUUUUAUCAUAUCACUUGUGACAUAAAUGCCAAGGCUAAUGCCAAGAAAAAGGAGACCCUGGAAACAUCAGUUGGAUAUGCUUGGCUUCCCCUGAUGAAACAUGAUCAGAUAGCUUCUCAAGAAUACAAUAUCCCAAUAGCAACAAGCCUGCCUCCUAAUUAUUUAAGCUUUCAAGACUCUGCAAGCGGAAAGCACGGUGGGAGUGACAUGAAGUGGGUUGAUGGUGGCAAACCACUCUUCAAAGUAUCGACAUUUGUGGUAUCCACAGUGAACACUCAGGAUCCCCGUGUGAACGCAUUUUUCCGACAGUGCCAAAAAAGAGAGAAAGAUAUGUCUCAGUCACCUACCUCGAAUUUCAUCCGCUCUUGUAAGAACUUACUGAAUGUGGAAAAGAUUCACGCAAUCAUGAGUUUUCUGCCCAUAAUCUUGAAUCAGCUCUUCAAGGUGCUGGUACAGAAUGAAGAAGACGAAAUAAGUACGACUGUGACCAGGUAUCUCUCCCAUGGUCUUAGGAGAAGAGAUCUUACAGUUUGUGAUUGCACAAAACUGUGAUGAUAACUGAAUGGCCACUCACUUAUUCAU